UCUCCUCUCUGUGGGAAUUUGCCAGUCGCGCACCGGGACGACACUUCUUGGUUCUCGUCGCGGUUAACAGCGAUCAUACAUGGCGAUGGAGGACGAGGAUAAUAACGCAGCGGUGGUGGCGACAAGCACCCAAACGAAAGGAGGUGAUGUCGGAGAUAACGGGGCUUGCACAGACAGGCAGCCGGACACGGCGGCACACCAAGCGGGGCUGAAUCCGACUGCAGGUCGCGGCAGCCGCAGUGGUUCCGGCUCUCAUGCUGCGACGGGGAUCCGAGUGCUAAAGCGCAACAUGAAGCGGAAUGGUAGUCGUGGCUGUGUGACGAGAAAGACCAGAUUUGGAUCAAGAGAGCGGGACUGGCUAAAGGGGGACACCCAGCGGGGCUGUGUGUGUCUGUAUGGGGGCACAGCGGACCCCCAGAUACCUGCCUCUGGUCCACAGGCCUCCUCCACCCCGCAGACAGACCUGCAGUUGGUGCUCUGCUCCACAAGUACCACAGUGGAGGAACUGUGUGCUCAGAGGGAUGGACAGGGACUCUAUGUUCAGUUGCAUGGAGAUCUAGUCAGGCGGCUGGAGCCCUGUGAGCGUCCGCUGCAGAUGCUGUACGACUACCUGGCAGCUAUGGGCUACACAGAGCCUGGACAAGUGCAGCAAGAAGCAGCCAACUCAGACCUCAGCUGUUUGAUCCGUUUCUACAGUGAGCGUCCAGUGAAUGCAGACCAGCAGGAGCGGACCCUGCUGAAAGGCGUCUUCAACGUCAGGAAGGGCAAGUCGCAGUUGCACAAGUGGGCAGAGCGGCAGGUCAUCCUCUGCGGCACCUGUCUAAUUGUGGCCUCUGUCAAAGACAGCCUGACUGGGAAGAUGCACAUCCUGCCCUUGGUGGGGGGAAAGGUGGAGGAGGUCAAGCGGAGGCAGCACUGUCUGAUGUUCAGCUCGGCCGGAUCACAGGCCCAGACAUACUUUGUCAACUUUGACACACUCGCAAACUACCAGCGGUGGCAUCGGCAGGCAUCAAAAGUGGUGUCUCAGACAGUCAGUCUGGUGGAUCUGUCGUGCUACAGUCUGGAAGUUGUGCCUGAAUAUCUCUUUUACAGUCAGGAUAUCACCCACCUUAACCUGAGACACAACUUCAUGAGCCUUCAGGGGCCAGGAGCCCUGCUCAACCUCCCCAGGUUUUCUCAGCUGAAGAGCCUGAACUUGUCUCACAACCGUCUGGGUGUGUUCCCUGAAUGUGUGUGUGAGAUCCUCACCCUGACUGAACUCAACCUCUCCUGUAAUAGUCUCCACACAGUCCCUGUGCAGAUAGGCAACCUUCAAAGCCUGCAGACACUGUCUUUGGAUGGAAACCAUCUCAGCUCCCUACCUGAAGAUCUCGGUGGCCUGUCCCAGCUCAACUGCCUCGGGCUGUCCUUUAACAACUUCUCUCACAUCCCUGCUGUGUUGGAGAGGCUGAGUGCAGUGGACAAGCUGGCCAUGGCCGGGAACAGAGUGGAGAGUCUGGAGUUGUGUAUUUUGGCCAGAAUGAGCCACCUGAAAAACAUCGACCUCCGAUUGAAUAGGCUGCACUGGAUGAGAAGUGAGAGUCUAGAGGCAGUGAGCCAGGUGACCCAGCUGGAUUUACGGGACAAUUGCUUAGACUCACUAGACCUGAGCUCAGUCUGCAACCUGGAGACUCUGCACUGCCAGCGCAACCAGCUGGGUACACUCACACUCAGCGGAUUCGCACUGCGCAUGCUUCAUGCCAGCAGCAACCGCCUUUCAACAGUCAACAUCUAUCCAGUCCCUAACCAGCUGACAGACAUGGACCUAUCACAGAACAUUUUGGAGUACCUUCCGGACUGGGUGUGUGACUGCAGAAAGAUUGAGAUACUCGAUGUCACGCACAACCUCUUGUCUGAGCUUCCUUCCAGACUGCUCAACAGCUUGAGUUUGAGAAAGCUGCUUGCGGGGAACAACUGUUUGCAGAGAGUUCCUGACCUGCUUGACCACAUCCCCCUGGAAGCCCUAGACCUCCAGCACAACAAGCUAUCUGAGCUCCCUGAGAGUCUGUUCUUCAAGGCCUUAAACCUAAAAUACUUAAAUCUGUCAGCCAAUGUCCUGGAAAGUAUUCCCAGCAGCCCAUCCGAGGAGAGCCUCAGCACACUCCAGGAGCUCUACCUGACCGCCAACAACCUGAAGGAGAACUGCGGUGCUCUGUUGGUUGGACACCAGAACCUGCGGAUCCUUCACAUUGCCUACAACCAGUUGCUCUCUUUCCCGGCCAGUAAACUGAGUAAGCUGGAACUGCUGGAGGAGCUCAAUCUAAGUGGCAACCAGCUAAAGGCUAUCCCCUCCACAGUGUCCAGCUGUAAGAGACUGCACACCCUCAUAGCACACUCCAACCACAUCACUGUCUUUCCAGAGAUCCUCAACCUGCCGGAGAUCAAGCUCGUCGAUCUAAGCUGUAAUGAGCUGACUGAGAUCCAGCUGCCCGACUCGCUGCCUUCCACUCUGCAAGAGCUGGACCUGACAGGCAACAGCAGCCUGAUGCUGGAACAUAAAACCCUCAACCUCUUCAGUCACAUCAUUACCCUGAAAUUAGACCAGAAAUCUUCCACAACAGCAGGAGACUCACAGAGUACCUCCACUCCAUGGAACCAUGGUUACUCUGAAAUGAGCGGCCAAAGGAACAAGUUAUGCGUGUCUGUACUGGCUGUAGACCGGUUUGGAGACGGUGUGGAAGCGUGUUAUGGCAUCUUUGACGGAGACCGAAAUGAGGAAGUGCCUCGGCUGCUGCAGUGCACCAUGGGAGAUGUUCUAUGCGAGGAACUGCAGCACUCCAGUAUUGACAGUGUGUAUAUGUGCAACACUUUCCUUACCUCGCACAGGAAACUAGGAAUGGCUGGCCAGAAACUGGGUGCUUCUGCCUUGUUGUGUUAUAUUCACCAUGAACCUUCAGAUCCAGGAGGCUGCUUUAGCCUCACUGUGGCCAAUGUGGGCACCUGCCAGGCCAUUUUGUGUCGGGAUGGCCGACCUGUACCUCUCUCUAAGGUGUACAGCUUGGAGAACUGCACUGAGGAGAUGGAGAGAGUUAAACUCAGUAAAGCCAUCAUUACCGAGGAUAACAAAGUGAGUGGAGUGACAUGCUGCUCUCGCCUGCUGGGCUGCUCUUAUCUGUCUCCUUGGGUGCUUCCAAAGCCCUGGGUGCACACUGAGCCUCUCUGUACCCAGGACGAGUUCUUGAUCCUGGGGAAUCGAGCGCUGUUCGAACGAGUCUCCUACCAGGAGGCCGUGUGCACUGUGCAGGCUGUGCGGGAUCCUCGGGCUGCUGCCAAGAAGCUGUGUUCGCUCGCUCAGAGUUACGGUUGCAAGGACAACAUUGAGGCCGCGGUGGUAUCCCUGCGUAUUGCCGAGGACAGCUGCACCUGUGAGCCACCUGUCGCCUCCACUGAACCACGGGGUCCCCCUCCCGUCGCUGCGCCUGUGACAGUGACCCCGGGCCCCAGUGAGCCGGCCCCCCUGUCAUCCAGCAGCGGUCUUGUCUCUGAGUUCAACAGUGAGACAUCAGCCUCAGAGGUGGGCAGCGAGGCGGGGUCCACCGCUUCAGAUGAGCAUCCAUCCUCUGGCCCUGCAUCCCGCCCAGAGAGACGCUGCAGCCUGCACCCUGCUACGACACUGUGUGGCAUCGUGGUGCCGGGCUCAGUUGGGGCAGGAACCCACCCAGGCCUCUUCCAGCGGCAGCCCUCCUGCGCUACGUUCUCAAGCAACCACUCUGACAACGGCUUGGACAGUGACGACGAAGCUCCACUCGAGGGUGUUAUCUCCAAUGGCAGCAAGUUGGAAGUGGAGGUUGACAUUCACUGCUGUGCUUUCCAACUCCGACCAGGGGCCCCUGAGAGCCCCAACAAUGUGGACCUUGAGAAUCGAAGUUCCGACUAUCCCAAUGGCAGAAUGCGAAGACAGAACAGCGUGGUGGUUUCUGCUACCAACGGCUGCCUGCUGGCUGUGUGUGGGAGAGAGAUCGCAGACCUCAAAAAGUCUCCAUCAACUUCCAGUCUGUUUGGGAAGAAGCUGUCCAAUGGCUCUGUGGUAGCCCCCGAGGACAGUCAUAAUCUCAUUGAGGUGGCCCUGGAGGCUCCGAAGAAGAAAUCUGGCUACUUCAACGCCCCAGCACAACAGGACCCUGAGGACCAGCUCAUUGUGCCUCCUAGUCUGGAGCAGGAUGUCAGAGAGCAGCUGAGAGGCCAGAGCCCUCUCGUCUCAGGCCCCCCCUUACCAUCCUUAAAAGACCCUGUGUGGGAUCAUCCACACCCACCUGCAUUUGCCUCCAACCCGGUCCCAGGUCCAGGACCAGUUCCCAUACUUCAGCAGGAAGUCUACGAUACCGCCCUCUAGUGGGGGGGCACAGCACAGCGGCAUACGGCUGGCAUUCUGUGACGUGCCAUUCCAGGGAAGAAGUGGAGAUUUUUCUCAUUCCUGGGGUAUAUUCCAAUAAUAGUUGCCAUUCAGAUCUUUUGUGAAGACAACACAGACCUGUGGGACCUUGAUAGUCACUAAUUGUUGCUGCGGAGUUAAGGUGAGGUAAAAAAAGAAGAAAAAAAUAGGAGCAACCAAAAUCCGAGUUCAUAAAAUGACAUUGUGAAAAGGAUGGUUGGCGAUCGUAGACCAAAACAAGCCUGACUUGAGAUGGGAUAUCUCAUGUGUUAGACAUGUCAGCAACAUUUCCCUUUACCUGGAAAACAAGCAAUCUAGAGGGUGUGAACGAGGGACUGUUCAGUGAGGUCAAACCUCCCCUCCAUGGGCUCUGUGGUCCUGGCGAGGUCCUGAAGAGAAGCCCUGUGACUGAAACUUGAAAAAGUGCCUAUUGCAGACGACUCAGCCUGGAGCCCAUCCCCACACCCAGGCUGCGUUUGGGGAUGUGAGCUUGUUAGUUUGGAGGAGGCACAGUGUCUCCAAGAGACCCGCACCGGCACAUCUGGCUUAUAAUGGAAAUGCUUGGAAGGCACAUUGGACUCCAAGAUGUGAAGACAAAAUAGCUACAUUUACACAGCCAGAAACGUUAUAGUUGGGUUUUAUUUUUAACAUUCGCACACAAUAUGUAUAGAAUUGUCUCUAUAGGAUUCAUUGAUUCUUUAUGAUAUAGUACACACUCAAAACUAGCAGCCAACUGUCGAGGCGUGCUUGAGCUGCCUACACCAAGAUUGAAAAGUAUCGCUAUUUAGAACAAUGCAAUUUGAAUAGCUGUCAAAAAUUAAAUCAAAUUCAUUCAACUGUAUUCUGCGGAUGUGUUAUCGAGUUCAAAAUCCCUCAUGGCAGUAUUAUCUGUUACCGUACAUGAUCAAAUAGUCGCCUUAAAAACUGCAGAGAAAUACAAGUUUAAUAUCAAUUUAGUUUGUUUUUAGGCCAUAGAUUAGUGGACCCCAGGAUAUGUGGAUGUCAUUUCUUAUUUUUUUAUUUUAUUUGUCAAGAGAUGAAGGAUGAAAGCAGUAUUCAUAUGUACUGUAAGAUAUGGAUUCUACUAAGUUUGUACUUUUUAGUGUAUCCAAACUUUGGGGGCUGCUACCCUUUGAAAUAUGUAAACACCAUGUCCUUGGAGGCAGAUUCAAUUAUUUGCAUUUUUACAUCUUAGUAAAUAUAUGUAGUUGUGCUUGGCUGUGUAAUGCACUGCCCACACAUCCAGAUGACGUUCAGGGUGUGUUAUUAAGGACCAUUAUGAACAGAACCAGAUCUGAUCUCUGUCAAGGUCCCACAAAGGUUGAACCACAGUAAGCGCAGAUUUUAUGGACAAAGAAACAAUUCUCUUUUUCAUAUCUAUAUAUUGCGUACAUGCCAUUUCCUGAUCAGGGUUUAAUGCUACAAAUUUAAAUCACACAGCAGAUAUAUAUUUUUUAAAGAUGAGGUACGGCCAUGAGAAUAAAUAAUGCAUUUCUCCUCAUUAAGUCACAUACAAUGCUUCAGCAGGUAAUAUCUUCCGUUCCUACUCGUUUUCAUGUUUUUAUAUACUUGUAAGAUUUAUCAUAUUUAUCUCAGCUGAAAGUUUAAAAAAAAAGACAUUAUUUAUUUGAAUUAUCAGGUAAAUAUUCCGGAGCCCUGGAAGCCUCCGCUUGCCGCUCCUGGAGCUCCCCACCUCGUGCCAAAAGAGAAAGCAGCUCUGCGGGGCCGCCGUGGUUGUAAGAAGGCCAAAGUUGGGUAAUUGCUGGCGUCGGUGAUUACUACAUUACAUGUUUAGUUUUGGUCGCCACUCCGAGUCGGUUGUGGUGCCGUUCUGGCAUUCCACAGCUGUUGCUAGCCGGACCUUUCAGCGUUCCCUUUUCGCCUUAAAGUAAACACUUCUCAGUCUCUUUGUUUCAUCCCACUCAUGUUGUUGUUGUGGCUGAGGGCUUCAGCUCCGGGGUGUUGUUGUCCUGUCUCUGCUCCACAGGAAUGAGGGAUCACUCAGAGAUGAAGCCUUAAUUGAUGCGUGAGACUAAAUCCCUUCUUAUAUUUUGCGAGUUUUUGUCUCAUGGUUAAAAGCACUUUGUACAAAUACAAUAGUUAUAUUCAGAGUUAUGUAUAUUUGAGUUUAAUAUAUAAGAUAUUUUUCAACAUAGUGUGCUUUGAUUAUUGUGGCUUCCCUCAGUCCAACGCCUCUCGUCUGUGAAUACAUAGCCAACACAAAUUGCGCGUACUUUGAUUGACAUAAUGACAAUUCACAUUCACUUUAUGGUGUUUUUUUAAUGUGACAAACGUUUCUUAUUUUAUUCAAACUAAUUUGGUUUGCUUUCAAUAACAUUGAGACUUUACUGAAUGGUAUUUUCAUGUUUGACAUCAGCACCACAAACAGAACUAUAUAUGUUUUUAAAUACUCUAACACUAUCUGCAAACUUUACUCUUCUCUAUGGAUAUGAAUCCCCCCCCCCCCUCCUGGCAGAAAACAAGGCAAUACAGUUAUUAUUGUUUUUUAUUUCUACCCAGUAUAAAUAUUUUGUUGAAACGUUGUGCUAAUCGAUUCCUCUUAAUAAUAAACAUGUAAUGAAAGCAUUAGUCUAAGUCUUAGAUAAUAAAUACCAUAAUCCACAUUAAGAAGCCAGUUAUUGUCCUUAUUAUGCUUAUAUAGACACCGAUUCCAACUAAAGCUUUGAAUUGUUCUUUUUCUAAAAGGAAGAAUGGGAAAUCAUCAUUUAUUAUGCGGCUAAAAAGAUUUGCUUCCAGUCACUUGAUCAGACUGCAGUGUGCGAGACGCCCGGCACUGACACACGGCGUCAGGAGGCUGACGGCACUGAAACCCGGACGGGCCCGACAGGUGCAGCUAGAAAAGUGGAAAGACAGAUUAUGAUUGUGAAUAAAAUUGGCACACAUCUGAAAUAAACUAGACGACUGAGUUGUUAAGCACGGUCGGAGAGGAGGAAUGUGACUUUCCAUAAGGUUUGAAACAAAGUGGUGGGAACUGUAUCGAUUGCUUAUACAAAUAUGCAAAGUGUCAACUGUAAAUAUAUAUUCAUGUAUAUCAGAGCUUCAUUUUCAUCACCUAAAACGACAAGAAUCCCUUUUCUCAAUAUGUCUGAACAUGAAUAAUGACGUACGAUGUACGAUGCGUUGGGAUUAAGUGUGCAAGUGGCUCUUUUUCAUUGUCUGAGGAUGUCCCUUGCUUUGGCUCAUUUGCAGUGUUUCUAUUAGUUUGGACUACAUUUAGUUUUGUUCAUAUAGUUGUACACUAAUUAUGUCCGUCUUCUGGCUCACAACAUAUAUUCACCCACUGUCCUGUCAAAUAUGUGUUCCCAACUUGAAGUCUACUCGGAUAUCGCUCCAUCGGUGUGCGUAUGAAUAUGCAGACUGUGUGCGUGGAUACAGGAAGUGGAGGCACAGGGUCCAGCGCGGGAACACAUUCCCUUUAAUUGUGAAACGCUCUUCAUCCCCGUUGAGCACCGACAUCGAGAGGACGUGCGUCUGAGUCGGUGUUUUCUAAACCGCUGAACUGAAGGGGAUCGUUUUCCCUCUGCACAACUUCACAAGCUCCCUGUACAAUUGUGAAACGUCUGUGUUAGUUUGUGAAACGCAGCUUAAGUGCACACGUUGUGUAAGUGUAUGCAUGGCGGUGUGAAUUAUGGAUUGACUGUCAUUCUGCGUGGGUGUGGUGAAGGAAUCGGAUCCAAGGUGGUGUUUAACAUGUGACCAAAGUAGCCAUUGUUUAAUCUCACAGUUCCUUUCUGUUCUGUACAUUAUUUUUCUAGAAAUGCUUGAAUAUGUUUUCUUGAUGCCAAUAAUCUGGUGUUUAUUUUUGUACUUCAUUAUUUCAUGGCACAUUUAUAUUUCCUUCUCCACUACAGAAUUUAAAGCGAUUGGGAUUCUACAGAAAAAUGUCUCUUAUUAUGGUACUUUUUAAAUAAAAGUACUAAUUAAAGCUGUAUUUAAUGUUGAAAGCAUGCCCUGAAUAUAAAUCCAAACAUAAAAGCAUAAAGUAAAUAAAUAAUAUGAUUUAUUUGUACAAAAUGGAGCAUAUCUAAUAUUUUUAGGAUUAUAUUCUAUCAUGCAGAUUACUGAUUUAUUUUAUGUUUAUUAAUCAAACAAUGUAUUAUUUAGGAACAGGUCCGACGGUGAGAACUUUUGCUGUGUAUCAGACAGAAUUGUUCUCCCUUACUUUGAGAAUGGAGGAUGGUUGUUAUUUAAAUUUUAUUAUCAUUAGUUUUGAUCAGACACUGUUAUUAAAUUAACUUCAAGCCAAGUAGCAAUAAAACUUUACUGUGAAUUUUGUUGUCCAAUGUCCAUUUGGCUCACCGAUUUCAUGAUGAUUUCAUGCUAAUAAAUAUCAAAAUGACUUUUCUUGGUCAGUAUCAAAUAUA